AGCACAGGGGAGCUCGUUGAUUUAAGCCCUAAAGCCGGUGCCAUUCGCACGCCGUCACUUCAUUCUGUUCUCGACUCAAACCCUUGAUUCCAGGAAUAAUGGUUCUUAAGGAAGGGAUUUUCUUACUGAUCCUAGUGCUCGCUUGCUGGCAAUCUGCUUAUUCAAGUACAGUGCUUACAGGUGAAAAUCUGAUAACUGAAGGAAAGGAUGGAGGACCUGAACAAUUGUGCACUGUAUGUGAAGUUUUUGCUGCUCAAGCUACCACAUUUCUGAAUGAAAACAAGACUAGAUCUGAGAUACUUGAUAUUCUGCAUUAUGCAUGUUCUCAUAUGCAUUCACUGGAGUUGAAGUGUCUCAUAUUGGCGGAUUACUAUUCAGAUCUUUUUUUUACGUCAAUUGGCAAUACCCAUCCAGAGGAAUUCUGUGGACGGGUGGGGCUUUGUGAGGCAUCCUCUGUUUCUAUUGGAAAGAAUGAGGAAAAAUGCACACUUUGUCAUCGAGUGGUUCUUAAAUUGCUUCUCAAAAUAAAAAAUCCCGAGGCUCAGUUGGAGAUAUUGCAUGUACUUUUCAGAAAAUGUGACAAACUGAAGAACCAUGCUGACAAGUGCAAGCAGCUUGUAAUGCAUUAUGGCCCUUAUAUACUGGCCAAAGGCGGGAAAUUCCUCGAGCAAAAUGAUGUUUGUGCUUCCAUUCCGGCUUGCCGGUCGAACCAAGUUGAGGCCAAUAUUGAAGGUGCUGCUCCGCCAGGUUCAUCCAUCCAUGAUACUUGAAAUCAUUUAUUUGAAACAAAACCCAGCAUAUCUAUUCUGUACGAGUUGUUUGUGCAACAAAACGGAUGAACUUUUAAGUUGGUGUGCUUGAGAUUUGGGUCCCAUAUAUCAAUUAUGUACGAGUUGUUUGUGCUGUUUUCAUUUAAAUUUCAUAAAUAAUGUAAGAUGUUUGAUAUGUAUAAUAUCUGCUAUUUUAUGGAGUAAUGCUAUGGGUGCAAAUUAAUGGCA